AUGUUUACCCUUCUCUUUGUUGCAUUCGUUCCAUUUCUGGUGGCUUCUACUGCUCCACCUACUACCUUUGAUCUGUCCGCUGAUAACCCAGUUUCCUACAUUCUUGGCCAGCAAGAAGACAGUGCUCUUCAGGAAUUGAUGAAUCGCAGGACCGACGGUCGCUGUGGCCCUGGCAUUGGCAAGUGUCCUGAUGGCUACUGCUGCUCCACUGCAGAUCGAUUUGGUCAUUGUGAUGCACAUCAGUCCCCCGGAGGGCCACCAACAGAUACCAUUCCUCGUCCCAAGUUGGGGGAGGUACCGUAUGGUCCGCAGACUAUUCGCUCUUGCACUAUCCCGGGAACUAUCGCAUUGACGUACGAUGAUGGCCCGCACCAGUACACUAGCGAUCUCCUCGAUAUCCUUGACAAACAUCACGCGAAGGCAACCUUCUUCAUCACAGGUAACAAUAAUGGUAAAGGAGAAAUAGACACAGGCGAGCAGUGGAUAUCGCUGGUUCAACGCAUGCACAGCCAGGGUCAUCAGAUUGCAAGCCACACCUGGUCUCAUCAGGAUCUAAGCAAGAUAACCGAGGACCAGCGCCGUGUUCAAAUCCUGUGGAAUGAAGUAGCCCUUCGUAAUAUUUUGGGCGGCUUCCCAACUUAUAUGCGUCCUCCGUACUCGAGUUGCACUCCUGAAUCCGGCUGUCUGAACGAUAUAGGAGUGCUGGGAUACCAUAUCAUUUUGUACGACAUUGACACCGAAGACUAUCGCCAUGAUAGUCCAGAUAUGAUCCAGGUUUCCAAAGAUAUCUUCGACAAAAAUUUGGCUCGGGGGAAGGCGUCUGAUAGCUCGUGGCUAGUCAUUACUCACGAUAUUCACGAACAAACAGUCCACAACCUCACAGAGCACAUGUUGGAGAAGCUUUCAAAGGAUGGCUAUCGCGCAGUGACUGUUGGCGAGUGCUUGGGCGACCCUGAAGAGUUCUGGUAUCGCAACGAUGACAGAGUUGAGAGCCACCUGCGCCUCAGAAUGCCUUCCAAUAGCUCUGGGGCCAAAAUUGUUUCUCGUGAUGGUGUUUGUGGCAGUGGCAUUUCCUGCACUGGGUCCAGCUUUGGGCCUUGCUGUAGCAAGAACAACCGCUGCGGCAAUUCCACUGCGCAUUGCGGCGAUGGCUGUCAACCUGAUUCGGGCAUGUGUUCUGGUUCUUCUAAGUCAGACAAUUCACAACAUAGUGGCCAGCAUAUACUUUCUGGUACGGGAAAAACCGCUUUGAAGUCGGGGGUUACUCGUUCGACUCCCAAGGACCUGUAUGCCGCAGGCUUGAUACUUGUGUCGUUGCUGAUAUUUCUGGCAUGA